AUGUAUUCAAGCGACGAUUAUAAUGAGGGAGGAUAUGAGUCUUACGGUGAUUACGAACCUCACACAGGUGAUCCUCAAUAUGACUUGGAAUAUGAUCGAUCGUACUAUAAAAUGCCGGAAAUGGUGAAGAAGUUCCUUGUGUAUUUCCGUAACAUGAUUACUGAGGGAGUUACAUUUGAGAUACUGAACCUAUAUGAGAACACAUUCCCAAAACUCACUGAACAGUACUUUGAGAACACCCCAUGGCCUGAUGAAAGUGAAGUUGCUCCAAUUGUGGAUAAUGAUCAUGUUUUCAUGAUCUUAUACAAGGAGUUAUACUACAGGGAUAUUUAUUCAAGAGUGCCAGGUGGGCCCAAACCAGAGCAAAGAUUCCAUUCGUUUUAUAAUUACUGUGACCUUUUCAACUACAUCCUAUCUGCGGAAACUCCAGUACCCCUGGAGCUGCCUGACCAAUGGUUGUGGGAGCUUAUUGAUGAGUUCGUUUAUCAAUUUCAAUCAUUUGCCCAAUACAGGUCUCGAACGUCAAAAUUAAGCCAAGCUGAAAUUGAUACACUCAAUGCUGAGAAUAAGGCUUGGAAUGUCCUUUGUAUUCUUAAUGUUUUACACUCUCUGGUAGACAAGUCUAACAUCAAGAAACAACUUGAGGUUUAUGCUGCUGGUGGUGACCCCGAUUCAGUAGCUGGAGAAUUUGGACGCCACUCCUUAUACAAGAUGUUGGGUUAUUUCUCCUUAGUAGGUCUCCUCAGACUGCACUCCUUGCUUGGAGAUUACUACCAAGCUAUUAAGGUACUGGAAAACAUUGAAUUGCACAAAAAGUCUCAAUACUCGCAUGUGCCUGCAUGCCAGAUUUCGACAUCCUACUACGUAGGCUUCGCUUACAUGAUGAUGCGUCGUUACGCUGAUGCUAUUCGUACGCUGUCUUCGGCACUCCUUUACAUGCAGCGUACCAAGCAACUCUUUUCUUCCCGCUCCUACCAGAAUGAUCAAAUCAACAAGCAGACAGAGCAAAUGUACCAUCUUUUAGCAAUAUGCUUGGUACUUCAUCCUCAAUGUGUUGAUGAAUCUAUACAGCAGGUAUUGCGCGAGAAAAACUAUCACGAGAAGAUGUUCAAGAUGCAGUACGGAGAUCUGGGCGAAUUUGAGAGCUGCUUUACAUUCGCUUGUCCCAAAUUUCUGUCACCGUGCCCGCCGCCCAUUGAGCCUGGCUCCAACUACGGCCGAGACGCAGUCAAACACCAAACCCAGGUGUUUAUGGAUGAGGUGCGCCAACAAAAAAUGCUGCCGACAAUCCGGUCCUACCUGAAGUUGUACACCACACUGCCCCUGGCGAAACUAGCCGCCUUCAUGUCAGCAGCGCGCGGAGGAGAACGCGACGCGGCCCGAGAGCACGCCGCCCUUGCCAUCCACCUGCUGUGCUUCAAGCACAAGAUGAAGAACGUCGUCUGGACCAAGGGCCCCAGUGGGCUGGACGGAAAGUUCCAAAGUGGCUCUGAGUUGGACUUCUAUAUCGACAAUGACAUGAUCCACAUUGCCGACACCAAGGUGGCACAUCGUUAUGGCGACUUUUUUAUCCGCAAGCUUCUUAAGUUUGAAGAGCUCAACCGUAAAUUACAUCAUAUUAAAAUA